CCCAUCCACACUGUAGACCUUGCCUAAUUUGAACAUAUAAAAAAGUCCUUACUCUGAUUUUAAAAGAAUCUUUUUGUCUCCACCGAGUGGAGGGAGGUCCAGCUCUUUCUAGCUCAUUCUAAAAGUCCAAAAAUGAAAUUCUUGGCCUUCGAUUUGGGAAUUUUAAAGGAAAAAGAAAAAGAAAAAGGAAAAGCUGAAUAUAUAAAUAAAGCGAGCAGAGGUCCUCUGAUUAUCAUCACCAUUCACUACAAUAUUGAAAAUUGGAGGCUGCAAAGAAAAAAAAUGGCGCGUUUGCCAGCGUUGCUGCGUCGUGUCCAACCGGAAGACGUAAAAGCCGUCGCCACGUGGGGGGUGGCCGCCACCACCGGCGCUCUCUACCUUAUUCAGCCAUGGGACUGGUUGAGGAGGACCUUCUUGGAGAAACCAGAACAAGAAUCUGAGCAGAAAUGAGUUGAUAUGCGAUCGAUCUGUAGAGAAGGUAGAGUAUGGUUUAGGUAAUUGAAACAGUUGAAUAAUGUAAUCUUUGUGCUUAGAUCCACACUAUUUCUGUGAGAUUAUGGUUCUAGAAACAUUUUACAUUGUACUCGUGGAUAUCCCGAAAAAUUAAAAUCAAAACAAAUUUCUAAAAAGAUUGUAAUAGAUUUAUAGUCGUCUGAAAUCAAAUUCCGUUCAAGAUUGAAUUGAGUCUAAAAAAAA